GUAGAUAGCUGUCCUUUCUGCCAGAGCUCACCCUCUCAGUGGCGGCUUAGGAGUGACAAUAGAGGAGCAGAUCGGGAGUGCCAAGACACAGAGAGGGAAAGAUAAAGAGGGAGACUACAGAGCUCAUUUUUCACUCAGCAUCAUGGCGUCGGCUGCUCCACAGAAGAGGAUGGUAUCCUCCGUCUUCAUCACACUGACGUCCCCUUACAGAGCCACCGUCACGCAGCACCAACACACACGCACACACAACGCCACCGCCAAUGACAUGCCACAUGCAGCCACGCGGGUUAGCCCAGGGGACAGCAGCACCCGUAAUCCCAGUGUCAGUGACACACAGCAUGGCUCCAUACGCAGGCGAGAGAGGACUCCGUCUGAGUCCCAGGGCAGUGCACAGAAUGGGGACCAGAGCUCCACACCUUCCCUGGCCAGACCCUCAGAACCCAGAACUCCAUCCAGCCCAGUGACCCCUGACCUCACCCUGGGUCCGGGAUACACGCAGCAGCAGACAGAUACCGCAGCAUACAAGGGUCCUGGGGAGCUCCUUCCUCCACCUCCCCCUCCCCCUGUGUCUGUGGAUACUGAACUGACUGAGGAUCUUGCACCUCUCCUGCCUCCUCCACCCGUACAGGAGCCCCCAACUGCCUCCAUCCUCCAACCUGUGUCUCCAGACAGACCAACAGUGUCUGAACAACCGAGCACUGCAUUGAAUAGACAGCCAGAGCAAAGAACACCAUCUAGUGGGGGGGGACAGAAGGAACCGUCCCAGGAGCAGCUAGAGACGGUGGAGACCAAGGAGGUGUGUGGCUUUUGCCGUAAGCCUGUGGCCCUGAGUGAAACUGCCAUAGAGGCUCUGAACAGGACGUACCACGCCAGUUGCUUCCAGUGCAGACAGUGCCAUAUCCCUCUGGCCGGUAAACUGUACUACAACAAGGCAGGAAUACCACUCUGUGAGGACUGCUACCAGGCCAGUUUGGAACUUUGCUGGGCGUGUGGGGAAGUUAUCAAAGACCAUGUAAUCCGUGCACUGGAAAGAGCUUACCACCCACCUUGCUUUGUCUGUGCAACAUGCAGCCAACCAAUUGGAGAGCAGAGAUUUGCUCAGGGAGAGGUUGGGGAAGUGUAUUGCCUCCAGGAUUACUAUAGGAAAUAUGCUCCGCAGUGUAGUGCCUGCCAGCAGCUGAUCAUUCCAAGAGAGGAUGGCACGGACAGCUACACCGUGGAGUGCCUGGGACGCUCCUUCCACGAGGACUGCUAUCGCUGUGAGGUCUGCAGUACCCAGCUCUCCCCAGAGCCAAACAACCAUGGCUGCCAUCCACUGGAUGGGAGGGUGCUGUGUAAGUCUUGUCACCUGACCAUGGUUCAGUCUGCCCAGCUCUAAUACUGAACUCAGAACCAGGGCCCGUAUUCAGGGUUGGAGAGUAACUGAUUACAUGUAUCUGAUUACAAAAAAACUUUACCUGUAACCAGCUACAUUACCAGCAAAAAUAUUGUAAUCACAUUACAGAUACUUUUGAAAACGUACUUCUUGGAUUACUUUGUGAAAUGAUGACACCUUUUUUUUUCUCAAUGACAUUUAAUUCAGCAUUGAAAAAAGGUGUCCAUUUAAGUUUGCUCCACCUGAGUGAGUCUGAACACAAGUCAGAGUAUGAUGACACACCAAAUGUUUGAAGGAUCCUUCUUGUCUUCUUUAAUGCCUCUUAAGGGGAAAGUAAUCCAAAAGUAAUCAGAUUACAUUACUGAGUUUGGGUAAUCCAAAAAUUAUGU